AUGUGGUUGCAGGAUGCGCGCGCAUCGCGAGGAGGGAGCGCGGAGGUGCGCAUGCGCGCGGACGGGAGGGUGUGGAGAGGGGUGGGGAGGGAGGGGGCAGGAGGGUCGGCGCGGCAGAGCGCGAUGAACCCCCGGCGGACGGACACGGCGCCGGACGCGCGCAGGCCCAGGCCGCGGCCGACGACGGGCGCGGGCCAGACUCCCCCCGCCCCGCGGAGACAGCAGCAGCAGCAGCAGCAGCAGCAGCAGCAGCAGCUGCAGCGGGACAGGUACCUGCUGGUGUCGGCGAGUUGCGGCCCGCCGGGCGAGGAGCACGAGGAGCGAGCCUCGUGGGGCGACGAGCGGUGCACCUGCCGCUGCGACCAGCCAGCCUUCCCGCGACUCCUGCAGGAGGAGGCCGCCUUGUUCCCGCCGAUCAGCGCGCGGGGCUCCAAGCAGGACGUCGUCGCGUUCAGCCCGCGGGGCAGCUCCACCCCCAGCUCCACGUCGGCGGCCUCAGCGACGGGCGUGGUGCUCAACUCGAGGCACCUGCUGGCAGUGCUGCUGGUGCUGGUGCUGGCCGCCGCCGCCGGGGUGAGCGUGCCCAUCGCGCUCCGGGCCGCCUCCGACUCCUCCCACGAGGAGCGGCUCGAGGUGGCCGUCAGGAUCCUGCAGGACGUGCCGCUGGUGGACGGGCACAACGACCUGCCGUGGAACAUCCGGCAGUUCGUGCACAACAAGCUGGGCGAGCUGCGGUUCGGCGAGGACCUGCGCGCCGUGCCGCCCUGGUCGCAGAGCUCCUGGUCGCACACCGACCUGCCCCGGCUGCGCGCCGGCCGCGUGGGCGCCCAGUUCUGGGCGGCGUACGUGCCCUGCGAGUCGCAGUUCAAGGACGCCGUGCAGAUGACCUUGGAGCAGGUGGACGUGAUCCGCCGCCUCACCGACAAGUACAGUCCGCCGCUCACGCUCUGCGACUCGUCCGGAGACAUCCUGGCGGCGCACGCCGGCCGCCAGACGUGCUCGCUGAUUGGCGUGGAGGGCGGCCACUCGCUGGCCAGCAGCCUGCCCGUGCUCAGGACGCUCUACAGCAUCGGCGUGCGCUACCUCACGCUCACGUCCACCUGCAACACGCCCUGGGCUGACUGUUCGAAUGCCGACAACCCCAAUAUCAAGCCAGAGCACAAUGGUCUGACGAAAUUCGGUAAGAGCGUGGUGAAGGAGAUGAACCGUCUGGGCAUGAUCGUGGACCUGUCGCACGUGUCCGUCAAGACGAUGAAGGACGCGCUGGAGGCGAGCAAGGCGCCCGUCAUGUUCUCGCACUCGUCGGCGCGCGCCCUCUGCAACGACACGCGCAACGUGCCGGACCACGUGCUGCGCCUGCUGGCCCUAAACGGCGGCAUCGUCAUGGUGAACUUCUACUCGCAGUUCCUCACGUGCAACGACGUUUCCACGAUCAAGGACGCCGUAGCGCACAUAGACCACAUCAGGCGCAUCGCCGGCGUGGACCACGUCGGGCUGGGAGCAGGCUACGACGGCAUCAACCUCACGCCCCGCGGACUGGAGGACGUGUCCUCGUACCCCGCGCUGUUCGCCGAGCUGGUGCGCUCCGGCCGGUGGGGGGUCGACGACCUCAAGAAGCUGGCGGGCCUCAACUUCCUCCGGGUCUUCAAGAAGGUGGAGGAGGUGCGGGACGAGCAGCAGGAGCGAGGGGCGGCGCCCUGCGAGGACGUCCCGCCGCCCCGCCCCGCCGACAACUGCACCACGCCCUACCACUUCUGAUGGCCUCGUGCGCGCCUCUGCACCACUGCCCGGACACACUCGCGCGCGGGCUGUCCUCGGCGGCUGUCCGCCCCUCUGCCCUCGGC